AUGUGUGGCGGUGGAGGUUCUAGGGUCGUAACCCCGCUCAAGCCGAGACCUACUCGAGGCAGCCGUGUCGUGACGCCUGUCAAAGUAGUAAAGCAACAAGAUUCAGGGCACAGUCGGGCCAGUUCACGAGGUUGUGGCGUGACUGGCAUCGGAGCGGCAUUGGUCUCUCUAUUUUGUGACCAAGGCGCCCAUGUCUGCUUCAGUGAUUGGAACAAGGCGGGAGGCACUAAACUUGCGGAAAGCUUGAAGUUUCGAUCAGCAUCCGCUCAGGGCUCUGUCACGUUCUCGCAAGUGGAUGUACGCGACUAUCACGCACAGCUUGCCGUUUUCGAGACAGCAUACAAGAAGCACCAUCUUAUCGAUCACGCCAUCUAUACGGCUGGUGUGGUUGACCCUCGGGGCUGGAUGACUACCAGCACUCUGAAUCUAGAAACCGUUAAAAAGGAUCCCCAACCCUUGGCAGACGUCCUUGAUAUCAACUUGAAAGGCUGCCUAUAUUUCUCGCUCAUCGCCGUCGCGUACAUGAAGGAGGGGCACACUCAAAACGACGAUUCAAGCUCUGAAGCUCGAAAGUCACUCACACUGAUCUCUUCCGCAAAUGGUUUCAUGGAAGCGCCCGGUUUGUACGCAUAUGCUUCGAGUAAAGCGGGCAUUAUUGGUUUACUCCGUUCAUUCAAGCCAAUCAGUGUCAAAAAUUUCGGCAUCCGGGUCAACGUUGUUUGCCCGACAGCCACCGACACCCCCAUGGUAGCGGCAGCCAUGGAUUACGUCCGGCAGGUGGGGGCUCCUUUGAGCACUCCAGGGGGCUGCGGGAAGAUUAUUCAGCAACUUGCCUUGGAUCCUAAGCAUCACGGAGAAGUGGUGGUUAUAUUGAAUGAUAGGGGCUGGGAUAUAGAAGCCGGGCUCGACCGUACUCGUCACGUUUGGUUGGACGACGAGCCCGCUACGUUGCUUGAAGAAACUCAGGAAAAGAUGGCCGCGGGAGAUUGUCGCAUCGGAUGUGGUAGGGGCAGUUGA